CACCAUCGAUCUUUAAUUUUUGUCGAUCUGUUCUAUUCUAAACAAUCUCCAGGCAGGACUUGGGAAAUCCAAAGGAAUUCUUUGGAGCUCUAAAAUUUGCUAUAAAAACAUGUCUUCCGCAUCGAAGGCCAGAGGCACAUCAGCCCUUCAAAUAUAAUAAAUUGAAACAAAUCCUCUAUCUAAGAGGACCGAAGAUGCUACAGUUACAUCUACUCUCAAGUUUGGCUUGCCUUUAUGCCGCUGUACCCCUGCAUCCGCGAAAUGUUAAAUGGGCACCAUGUGACGGCAUCUCGCUCAACACUACAUGGGACUACGAAUGUGACACUUUGACUGAUCAGAUAGCCUCAAGGAGCUACAGCCAACUUUGGACCGACUUAGUAAUACUAGCUGUGUCAUGGGAGAUAUGUCGUCCUUGACGGCCAUGAGUUGCGCGACUUGGAAGCUCGAUAAUAAACAGCGAUACGAUGGUGUGUUGGAGAACCUUGCGACGAAUUACCCUAUGAUGAUUGUCACCAACCCUUUCGACGGGCAUACUCCUCCGCAGUCAGCAUAUAACACGAGUGCUAUAUUCGAGGAUGGCGUUGUGUUGGAGAUUAACGGAUACGGACACUCAUCUGCCAAUCUUGUGUCAAAAUGUGCAACACAGCACCUUGCAACAUACAGUGUGAAUGGAACUCUACCGGAACCAGAUACUAUAUGUCAGGUUGAUCUACUACCCUACCACCAAGUGCCAUCCGAAUAAAGAGGUGUUGCCUUCCUAUGGGUUCAGUUGACACGGAUGGGAGUUUGUAGCCACUGUUACUCUGAUUAUAGAAAUUAUACGAGGUUAUAUUCCAUA